UUUACAAAUUUUAACCUAUUCUUUCAACCAAAUCGAUAUAUUUGGAAUUGGAUUAUUAUUUAUAUUCUCUUAUAUUUCAAUUAUAUGAAACCUCUUUACAAUGACUGGUCUGCCUAUUUUUACUCCAGAAAUUGCAAAAGCUGUUUUAACCGAUAUUCUGACAGCAUUGAAUACUCCAGAAAAUACUCAAAAACUUACAGAAGCUAAAGAAAAUUCUGGAAAUGAAAUGCUGAAAAUGAUGCAAUUUGUUUUUCCAAUUGUUGUUCAAAUUGAAAUGGAUGUUAUUAAGAACUAUGGUUUUUCAGAAAGUAGAGAAGGUACAGUUCAAUUUGUAAAAUUACUUAGAACUCUAGAAAGAGAAGAUCCUGAGGUAGCACAAUUACAUAGUCAAGUUCGAUCGUAUUUUCUUCCUCCAGUUCUGAACUCUCAUAUAAAUUGUUCAACUGAAGCUUCUCUUUAAAAUAUACUUUCAAUAUACAAAUA